GGCGGGUGCCAUCCGAGGCGGCAACUCGGUGUCCUCGCGUGGCUGCAGGCAGUGAAGGCUGCGCCCGAAGGAGAAAAGCACAAUGUUGCCGUCGCAGUCGCUCUCAAGCUUGUCUACCAAGACUCUGUGACCCUUCAAGGGGGCGAAAUCUAUCGCCCUACAGGCUGGACAACACGGGCCAUAGCCGCGCGGCUGGCGGAACAGGGCUAUCAGUGCGGUCACACCACAGUUCAUGGUUGGAAAACGAAACACACGGAUUCAGCCGAGUGGAUUCGUUCCAGCCCGCUCGAUCAGGUGCUCCAGCUCGUCAAGGAGAGCCCAUCGUGCGGAGGACAGAGCAUUUUCACUGAAGAUGAACUGGAGUACUGUAUCCGGCUGCUGGAGGGGUUUGCCCGGGCUGGGCAGUGUCUCAACCAGAAGCAGGCGGGCGCUUAUCUUGUGAAACUCUCACGCCUCCCGCGCAUGUCGGGCGCCCCGCGUCGCCAGUUCGCCGGCAGUCUGCCGAGCCAUGAAUGGUGGAAUGCCUUUCUGCGCGAUGCUCGCGGGCGCCUAGCCAUCCGCAAGGGUCGAACGCUGGAGCUCACCAGGAUUGCCGCUUUACAAGCUGAAACACUCGAUUGCCUCCCCGGACUUUUGAAACAGCUGUUCGAUGAGCAUCCGCUUCUUGUGGAGGAGCCCGGUCGGAUUUCCAACAUGGACGAGACAGAAAUCACGACCCGUUUUUUUGCGGGU